GCUCCCGCUCCCGCUCCCGUUCCCGCUCCCGCUCCCGCUCCUGCUCCUGUCUCCCCAUGGUACCAUCUGUGUCAUGUGAUAUUACCUGCGGCCGUGGUCCACAGUAUAUUGGCUGCGCGGAGGACAAAAAUACACUGCAGAUGUGAGCGCCGAUCAAACCCAAUGUCUCGAAAAAAGGUCAACCUCCUGGAACGCCACAACAUCCACGUAGAAAAGAAAACCCCGGCGGAGAUGCUGCACUGCAUCCCAACGGAUUAGUGAUGGGGCUACCACCACCAGGGAGAGGAGAGGAGAGGAGAAGAAGAGGAGAAGGAGAGGAGAAACGAAGGUCAAAGAGAAAUGAUGUGGUGGAGGAAAGGUGUGGAUAGAAAGAGGCUGUCCAUCUGUGGUGGGAACACCGGAGAGCCAGAGCAGGGGUCUGAAAUGGAGCAGUCCUGACAGGCAGAUGGCUCAGCUCCUCCGUGCCAGGACUGUGCCCAGCUCCCUCCACCCCCGCAACUCACCCCCUCUUGGCACAGCCCAUCUGUGGACUGGCCUUGAGGGGAAUGAAUGUGGCCCACCUGGACUGACUGAGGGCCCCCGCUACAGUGUCCAUUUUGUUCUGAGUCAGAGGUCCGUCAGAGCCUAAAACACGCACUUAGCAAAGGAGAAAUCGCCCACACUCGUCCAAGGAGCUGCCCCUCUAAAGUGCUCGGAGCAAGAGACUGUGAUGGGCUGUCGGACUGCGUCUGAAGUACUCUACCAAAGAAUAAUAUCCACUCCUGACCUACUCUGAAGAACAAUAUUUCAUCCAAUCAAUGGUGCGGUCUCCCCUGGGGGGAAUUACUCCUGAGUAAUAGGUGGGCCCUCAGAAAAGAGCACCGGCGGACCAUGUGAUACUUGACCUUCACGAAGAGAACUCAGGCGCACUCCAGGAGAUGUCAAAUCUGAUCUGAAGCGGCUCUCGAGAGGAUCGCCCAGCCCGUAAUUCAAUCAUCUUUUCAUGUGUUGUUUAGCAAUACUCGAACACCAUGGGCCAACAGUGACGGAGGGCAGGUGCCAAUGCUGGAUCUUCAUUAUUUGAGGAGUACCAGACAUCUCACCAUGGAUUUGAGCGCGAUUUCCUCCACCAAAGAGCGAGUGUGAGAAAGACUGGAGCCGGGGGAACUGGACACUGGGAGUCAGUUGGAGGAUUAGCUAGUGUGCUGCUAACCCAUGGUGGAUCUGCUGUGAGCAGAACAAGGGACUCAGCAGUGGAGGAUGUCAGCGGAGGCCGAGCUCCAGCCGGGUGUCAAAACCAGCCAGCGAAAGGAGUCCAGGAGGAUCAAAGGUCAGGACCGCAGCGAGGCGGGGCUUAUUAAGCGUUUCCGCGGAGAUGGCGUGCGCUACAAGGCCAAGCUGAUCGGGAUUGAUGAGGUGACAGCGGCGCGCGGGGACAAGCUGUGCCAGGACUCCAUGAUGAAGCUGAAGGGAAUGGCUUCCUCGGCACGUUCCAAAGGGGAGCACAAGCAGCGAGUCUUCUUGACGGUCUCGUUCGGCGGGAUCAAGAUUUACUGCGAAAGAUCAGGGGUGCUCCUACAUCACCACUCAGUCCACGAGAUCAGCUACAUCGCCAAGGACACCAGGGACCACCGGGCCUUCGGCUAUGUCUGCGGGAAGGAGGGCCACCACAGGUUUGUGGCCAUCAAGACUGCGCAGUCAGCGGAGCCCCUCAUCAUCGACCUGCGCGACCUCUUCACGCUCAUCUACGACAUUAAACAGCGGGAGGAGAUGGAGAAGAAGGCCCAGAAGGACAAACAGUGCGAGCAGGCGGUCUACCAGACCAUCCUGGAGGACGAAGUGGACGACCCAGUGUACCAGUACAUAGUGUUUGAGGCUGGACACGAACCCCUCCGUGGCCCCCAGUCAGAGGAGAGCGUUUAUCAGGUCCCAACCAGUCAGCAGAAGGAAGGGAUCUAUGAUGUCCCAAAACGCCAUUUCAUGACUAAUAUCAACCACUUCGAUCUUUUCGGCGACAUGUCCACUCCUCCCUCGAUGCCCCCAUCACCUGCCAACACGCUGGACCCGAGCAGGAGCAGCCGCCAGCAGCAACACAAUCCUGCUGAGAUGUACGCCCCCUUCAGCCCCACCUCCGUGCCGUCAGGUUAUAUGACCAUGGGUCCAGUGCAGGCGGCCCAGUGGGCGCAGCAGCCGUUUUCGGCCCAGGCUCAGACUCUGGCCUUCCCCGUGCAGGGGCCCCUCCAGGUGGCUCAGGUCCUCCCCGGUGGUCAGCCGGUCAUCUGGAGCGGGGCCAACAUUUUCCCUGCCACUCAACAGCAAUGGGCGGCCAUGGCGGCCUACAUGCCAGCCCAGACCGUUGGCGUGGGGGGGCACGCCAUACCAGCUGCCAUGCUCCAAGGCCUGGUACCCAUUACCACCAUGUGCCCCCAAGCCUGCGACCUAUCAGCCCCCUCCUCCGCCAUCACCAGCCCCCAGCACACGGCUGACCCCGCCCUGCUGCAGAGGCAGCUGAGCCUGGGGAAGGACGGCCUCGGCAUGGACUCGGAUGCAGGCGAAGGCCCGUCUACGUCAGGAGUGGGAGCAGCAGGUGUGGGGCACGGCGUGGCGUCGGCAGCGGUGAGCAGGUGUGGGACCCCAGGCCUCAUGAGUGUACCGGACACUCUGGUCUGCAGUCAGCUGCUGCCGCCUUCAGCUGCUGCCACCCAGGAAGAGGAAGGGAGCUGUAGUGACCUUGAUCUCUCUAGGAUGACCUUGAGCCCAGGAACAUCCACAUCACCGUCGACUGAAUCUCCAUCCACUCCAGCCCCUCAGCAGAGCUCGUCUUCAGACUGCCCCCCCUCCCAGGCCAGUGACCCCCCUACAGAUCACUCGCCCGUAGACCCCGAGGGCAGCUCCGGCAACGCCAGGGAGGAGGAACAAUCGGGCUCUGCUGUUGCAAGGUCGAUCUCCCCGGUGUCCAGUGAAGCUCCUGAUCCCCCACAGGAUCAGACCUGUCCACAGGAAGACAGCUAGAGAACAACAGACACCGAGGGGGGAUGGAAGCUCUCAAGGCCAAGACAGACGCUCAUGAGAAAAGAGAAGGGGAGAGAGAGAGAGAUGAGAGACUGUGAUCAGCAUCGUCGCCUCUCGCAGCUGGAUUACACACACUCGUGCUGUUUUGUCAACCUUGAAAGGAUAUUUUGGCAGUUCUGUACCGAGCCGGAUCUGUUUUCCUCCAGAGGCCACCUGUAACUGUACUGUACUCCUGAGUAUGACAGCCAGACUUUGGCACUAUCGUCCAAUCAGAUAACAUUCAACCAGGAAGUGACCUUUUGAUCUUUGAGCGAAUCCUGCAAACAGGAUGAGUUUGUGUCUGUGAGGAGACGUUACGAGGCCAACGCAAAUUAUUUUUUUUUUUUUCCGAGAGGAGCAGCGACCGGCUGCACGUGGUCGACCUUCGGUUCGUCGACGGCCACCAGCAAGAGACUGCGCACAGCAGAUGGAUUUGCCAAAUGUUCUCAUAUAGUGUUGCUCCACCGAUUCGUCCAUUUUGCAUGAACAGACUCGAUGUGGAUUCAGCGGACUCAGCUGUGAGCAAAACUGUUCUCUGCAGCUUCCUUCUAGGCCUGGAACAAAUUGAUUAAAAAUUGUUGGGUUUUUUUUUCUUAUUUUAUAAGCUGUGAAUUCUGUGUUGAUGACACCGGGUCGUGAGAGAUAUCGAAGUGACUCCGAAGGGCAUCAAUGUCGAAAUCAAAAAUUUGCCAAACAUCUAUUUUGUAAAUAAGAAUCUUUCCAGUCCCCCGUACCUGAGCCUCUGUGCCAUAAGUUAGCUCUCUGCCUCUUUGGAUGCCAACUACCUGUGUUUUCUCUCAAGCAAUGCCCUACCAGCACCUCCAUCUUUGACGUCUGGAUGUUUGUUUCGCUUUUGCUGCCAUUUAUUUUUCAUUUUCUGAAAAAAAAAAAUUAAUAAUAAUAAAAUAAAAUUGUCUUUGUUUCCGUUCGGUCGGUGAGAUAUGAACUGUGAAUCUGUGUUACAUGGUCAUUGAGAAAUGAAGCCUGCUGUAGCUGUCUCACUCAUCCUGAGCUCGACAGGCGAAAGGAACAAAGAGGGGUCGAUGGUCGAUAAGAGUAGAAAAAUCCUACUGCUUCUUAAAGGUUACAGACUUUUUUUUUUUUUUUUAGUGAAUAGGAGGCAGAUUUGACCCGCAUCUCUUGGUUUUUAGGUAUUUUCCAGCUGAGGUCGCAUUGUUUACAACUUGCCUCUUUGGUUUUUCUUGAAUAGAUAAGCAGAAUCCAACCCGCGCUGGUGUGACACGGCUUAACAACCACGAGCUCAGAGACAGUAGAGUGCAUUUUUCUAUGCCUUAUCAGGUGGAAUUUUUCUUUUUUUUUCUGUUGUCCAGUCACUGUUCUUCUUGUCAGGUCAUUUGUAUACAGUAAACAGGUCAUUGUUGUAACGAAGCACUUGGGCAUAUUGUAGGUCUGCUCCACCAAAUCGCAAAAAGGGUCAAAAAGAAAAGUGACGUUAUAUAACAUGAACAAUAGAGAUAUCACUAUUAACUGCUAGACUUACAAUAACAAACGGUAACCGUACCCCUGCUCGUGUAAGAAAAAUGAGAAAUAGUCCAAAAUAUUUUGUAAAUUUUAUUUAUGGAAUUAAGAAUUGUUCUUGAAAAAGAGAAAAAAAAAAGAAGGACUUUUGUACGUCUAUGACUUCCCCACACACUGUACCCAUGCCACUGUUCAGUCACAAAUAAAAUAUCAUGUGAUUCCCA